CCGGAUUACUCCGUCUUGACUCGUAAGGAAGGUUGAUAGCAAGGUGAAAUUCGAAACGGUAAGUAAGUACAGAGUUCAUACCAAACCCGUAUUUAUACAUAGUAGAUCCGCUCAAAAGCGCAGUAAACGUGGUUCGGCGAGAUACAAUCCGAGACUGAAUAUUGCGUUCACCAGGCCACCGAGCAAGAGGGUGGCACUACCCACACCCCAAGCGACCGGGGCAAAAGCGCACGUGAUGAGGGAGAGAACAGUGCACGCCGACGUCAUUGCCACUGCGAGGAUCUGCGUGAAGUUGAUGGGCCAGGUGCAUACAUGAAGAGACGCACGAAUGGCAGAUGCAACCAAACAGGCAAUCGAAUGAUUGAAGCCAGGCGCGAUAGACGAGUUGGUCAUACCCUGAGGGCUGGUCGAGCGAAUUACGACUCAUACAACAAUACCGGUUUCCAAAAGAGAAUCAGACCGAUUCCGACGUUGGCGACACCUUUAGCGAAGACAAUGGUCGAAGGGUUCAUGGUGUGAAGCAAUGUGAGACAGUCUAUACAAAUCCUUACAAGAUAGUACACAGCAAAUACAAGAUACAACAAAUCCGUCAUCUCGAUUUCAGGAUACGUGAAUCCGGUCGAGUGGGAAGACCUGUGAUGGGUCAGGCGAUUAGAAAAACUGACAGAGAGAACAGACCAUUGAUGGUUUUGUGUCUGGUUGUCAACAUCGGGGUGCUGCCCUCCCUUCCCAACUGAAUUUGGAGCCAACUGUGCUGUUCUUCCAGAGCCCUCAACAUCUCUACCAUGUUAUCCAUCCACACAUCGAUUUCCUGCAGGAAUGCUGUGCUAGGCGAUGGGCUGCGUGAUGGGGCGCUCAACGGGCCGGCCGUCAAGAGUGAAGAUGAACGUGGUCUGCUCGAUGAAAGGAUGGAUUCAGACACGGCGCGUGAGGACAUGGAUGAAGUGCGUGAGAUGCGUGAUUGCGCUGGCUUUAUAGCCACUGGAAACGCAGGUAUCUGUGCGCGUGAUGUCCUGACACCAGUUGCCAUGUUGAGCCUGACGACAAAUGGGAAACGAGCUACAAGAAGAAAAUGGGCAGGGUUGCCUGGAUUGCGUAAAGAGGGAAGGGCGCUCAGACGGCAAGAAUCGUCGUCGGGAUCCAAGCCUUAUACACUCUUGAGCCCGGUGGUCAAGGACUAGACAUCUCUGGAGACCAUGGGAGUUAUGCACACCGAAACUGAUCCGUUGGCAAGGCGAAUGCGAUCGGUGCGAGCAUGAGAUGUCCCAAAAGCACACGACAAAGUCGACGCAAUCGCCAGUGUCUUGGAUUGCCAAGCUAUAUGAAACUGAGCGCUGAGGGUUCGAGAAAACGAUGGACUCACAAUCUUCGGGCUUGUCCGAGCAGGGCUCAAGGAAACUGUUCAUGUACAUCAUGGGCAUCGAGUAGAGGGCAGAAAAUAGGCAUGCUGCUGUGAGAGAACCAAAGCCCGCGCUUUUGCCUACAAUGGCCGACAACGACGCGGGUUUCUUGCGACAAGGAUAGUUCCACGUGAAGAGGCGUUGUUUGCAUGGUGAAUUCCAUGAUGUCUGCCAACAAGAAACACGAGGAAUGGGACAUUUAUUGCUGGGGAACAAUUCAAGUUGAAGACAAAAGUUGAUCAGAUCGUGAUUCCGGCACUGCGAGUACAUGGAUACAGUUCCG